AUAUAUGACUUAAAGGUGUACGUUACCAGGUCAUAAAAUUAAAAAAAUAAUUGGAUACAUAUAUACAUAUUCACAGAAACGAUUUAUAAAUUUUACCCUUACCAAAUUAACAUUACAAUUCUUGAAGUAAAUGUAAUUAUUUUAUCAAAGGAACAACACAACUACAAAAAUGGCCUUACGUACGUACGGCGAUAAGCCGAUAAGUUUUCAAAUCGAAGAAGGAGGAGACUUUUAUUGUGUUGGCUCAGAGGUCGGGAAUUACCUGCGCUUGUUCCGUGGGUCACUCUACAAGAAGUACCCUGGCAUGUGCCGGCGUACCCUCACCAAUGAAGAACGUAAGCGAUUAAUUGACAACGGUCUUGGUCCUCAUGUGCUGUCCAGUUCAGUUUCACUGUUGAAGGCGUCAGAAGUUGAAGACAUUAUUGAAGGGAAUGAUGAUAAAUACAAAGCAGUGUCCGUCAGCCAAGAGUUGGCGACACCCCGUGAGAGCAAAAGCAAGAAGCCACACACUCCAUCAUGGCUGCCAGUCAUGCCAAACUCUUCUCAUUUGGAUGCUGUACCCCAGGCUACUCCAAUCAGCAGGAGUAGGGUGCAUAAUAAGAAGGUGAGAACAUUCCCACUGUGUUUCGAUGACACAGACAUGACUGCAAUGCUGGAGAAUGCUUCGCAAAAGCAGGUGCUUGUACCGAUUCGAUUGGACAUGGAGAUUGAGGGUCAAAAACUCAGGGAUACAUUUACAUGGAAUAAAAAUGAAUCAAUAAUAACACCAGAACAGUUUGCCGAGGUGCUGUGCGAUGAUUUAGAGUUGAACACGAGCACCUUCAUACCUGCUGUGGCCUCCUCGAUCCGGCAACAGAUCGAUGCCUUCCCGAGCGAGCCUCCCCCCAUACUGGAGGAGCAUACCGACCAGAGGGUCCUCGUCAAACUCAAUAUACACGUUGGAAACACUUCGUUGGUAGAUCAGGUGGAGUGGGACAUGGCCGAGAAGGAGAACAACCCGGAGCAGUUCGCGAUGAAGCUGUGCUCGGAGCUGGGCCUCGGCGGGGAGUUCGUGACCGGCAUCGCGUACUCCGUGCGCGGGCAGCUCGGCUGGCACCAGCGGACCUACGCCUUCAGCGAGGCGCCCCUACCCGUGGUCGAGACGCCGUACCGCGUCCCGUCGGAGGCCGAGCAGUGGGCCCCGCACCUCGAGACCCUCACCAACGCGGAGAUGGAGAAGAAGAUCCGGGACCAGGACCGGAACACCAGGCGCAUGCGGAGGCUCGCCAACACCGCGCCCGGUUGGUAACGCCACCACCACUCGCGGAGCCGCACAGGCCCCAGGGACGAGCGGAAAAUGCAAUCCCGGUGACUUGUAAUUGAGGCAGUCAGCGCAAAAGUAUCCUAAGUAGAGAUGAAACGGAUAUCCGGUAACUAUCCGGUAUCCGGCCUAUCCGGCCAUGUUUUCACUAUUUUUUCACACAAAAAGUCCCGUUGUUAAGAUUUUCACAUAAUACAUUAGCUAAGUAAUCUUAUACCUUUAAACGAGCAAUUCUUGUAUAUUAAUAUAUAUAUAAUCUGAAUAUCGGAAACGGCUCCAACGAUUUUCAUAAAAUUUAGUAUACAGGGGAUUUCGGGGGCGAUAAAUCGAUCUAGCUACGAUUUAUUUUCAGAAAAUGUUGUUUUAUUCGUGUUUUCAAUAAUCAACUCUUCCCGACAUCUAUUGGCGAAUAAUAAUCCUAUUUUUUUAAUUGAGGGCAACUAACCUCUUUAAAGACACUAAGAUGGCGUUGUCAAAAAAAAAAACCGAGCAAAGCUCUGUCAUCAUCUAGUAUUUUUAUUAUUUAAGACACCGCCUCAGUAUGAGGUGAGUAGUCUGUGGGAGCAAGCAAAGGGGACAUGGCUUUUUAAUUGUCUUUUGUUUCAAAAUACAUUAAAUUUCUCAUUCAUAUCUUAGUUUAAACUGAAAUGAUAUACUGUUUAUUUAAAUUAAUUAGUCUACAUUACAUUUGCGCAGUUAAAUCUAGUCUGGGAGUUAAGUUACCUAACUCGUCGGAUCCAGUUGGCUUUGUUACCAAAAGUGCUUUAAUGUUUGGAUGUGAGACCUGGAAAAUAAAGAUGAAACGGAUAUCCGGUAACGGCCGGAUAGUGAAAACAUGGCCGGAUACCGGAUAGUAAAUCACUAUCCGGCCGGAUUUCGGAUAGUAAAAUUUAAGAAAAUCUCAUGGCUAUACAAAAGGCAAUUAAUACCACAAUAAAUAGUUUAUUGGACAACUUUUAUUUUUAUAAUCGCACGUCAAAUGUGAUUGUUUUAUCAAUUAGUUUGUUUAAUACUCAAAAUUAACAAGUGGUAAAUUGUGGUGAAUGAAUACCGAAUCGUCGUCGUACCGAGUCGUCGCGAUCUCCGCUCACGUGCGACAACACCCGAACGCGCACGAAUAUUUCCGAAAGUUGAUUUGUAGCUUUAAUUUCAUUUGAUUUGAAAAAAAGGGCCGAAUAUUCGGUAUCCAGUAUCCGACCAAACCACUAUCCGUUUCAUCUCUAGUCCUUAGCUUAUCAUAGUUAGUAUGGAGAUAAUGAGGUUGUUUACAAAGCCAUCUGUUCUCUAUGGGUGAGACUAGGGACAGGCCGGUUUUGCAUCAAAAUUUAUUACCUUUUAAAUAAAUUACAAUAUAUAAGCGCGAAUAUGACAAAUUGUGGGUUAGGCCCCUUUUGCGCUGUCGGUCUCAAUUUACCUCGAUCCUCGCUGAUGACGCGCAGGUUGUGACGUCACCAGCGAGACUCGAGUAUGAACAAACAAAAUGAACAUCAUUUUUAUACUCUAUUCCAAUUACGAAGUCCCUUUUGACUUACCUAAACUGAGUGUCUAGAGCAGCGGUCGGGGAACUUUUUUAAUUAUUACCCCAAAAUUUUUUUGUGUAUGUUGAUAUUACCCCAUGGCGAAGAACAAAAAAAACGAAAUCGCUUCUUUUUAGCAUCUUUCAUAUUAUAGCUCUCAUGAAUAAUAAUUUGAAAUCACAACGAUUCUAAAGAAGUUUCACUUCAAUAUAAUAUACUUUUUACUCACAAAAGUUUCAUUUUUACCCCCCAUAAUUUCAUAUUACCCCGUUUUGGGUAAUUUACCCCGGUUCCCCGACCGCUGGUCUAGAGAGACCAUGUCAGCGACGACGGGCUAGUAGAUGAGCUCACGGGGCUCAAACCUGACGACGUUGCUAACACUGGCCCUAGCAAGAGCCGUGCUUCGUAGAAUUUACCACCGGAUCGGAAACGCGACCCACUGAGAUGAUUCGGCGAGAAACUCAGUGGGCUGUGCCUAUUUAAUUAAUUUACUCGUCGAGCCCUUCGUCGCAAGCGACGGGUUCGACGAGGACGAUGACCGGUGCUUGAGGUACCUAAAAGCAUCAUUAGUGGAUCGGGAGGAUCCCAGAUAACGUGACCCUUUUGACACUUCUUAGAACGUAACUCUUCACCUUUCGCAUAUAUUGAAAUAAUAAUCAUUUUUUUUCAUGAUCAUAUUAUUAUGGUAAAUCAUUAUUUAAAAAUACACAAUCAAUCUAAAUCAUUAUACAAUUAAAUCACGCACACAAUGACAUAAAAAUAACUUCUGUCAAAUGGGACUUCGUAAUUGGAAAAGAGUAUGGAUAUUAUAUUAAAUAUGAAUAAAAUUAUAUAUGCAUACAGGGUGUGAUUCUCGACUAUGACUUUUUGACGAUUAUUAAUAGAUAGAAUAGUACCGAACGGAAUAUCUAACAAGACAUCUUAAUGCAUUUUCCGCUAUUUCCCCUAGUUCUUCUUUUAGUCUGCUUAUUCACCAUCUAAAGUUAAAAAAAAAACAGUAAAAUUUCGAAGGUGGCUAUUAAUUUUACACUUAAUAAAUUUGAUCAUGGCAACAUUCGAAUAAGUAUUGAAGUGAUUAAAAGAAACGGAGUUAAUUGAGUUAAAGUUAAAAGUUAAUUGAGAAAUAAAUACUUGCCUUUGAAAUUAAUAUUUCGCUCAAAUAAUGCUAAAGAAAUUAAGGGAAUGUUUUGUUUUUUUUGUCCCAAAUUUAUAUAGUUUAUCUAUCUUUGUUUAAAUCUUAAGUACAAAUUACUUAUUUUAUUAUAACUGUUCAAUAUUUUUAAGUACAAUACGAUAUUAGUAACAAUUUUUUUUAAUUUAGGUAAACUUAACACGUAAUGUAACGACGUUUUAAAAAAAAAACUAAAACCUAUUUAUUCACAAUUACAUUUGUAAAUGAAUAUUUUUUAUCCCACCUACCCUCAUAUUAGUUAUAAAAAAUUUGUGGGCCCAAAUUAACACCAUUAGAUUAAUUGCACAAUUAAUAAUUACAAUUGACACAAAAUAAAUUUAUAUGAUUAUACCGAUUUAUAUAAAACUUUAUAUGUUAAUGUGAGGAAUGCGCUAGUAAUUAUAAAAAUUUUUAUUAAAAAAUCUAGUCGUUUCGUUCGUCCGUUGAUCGAAAUUCGACCAUAACCAUUGACACCUUAAGAUUCAAACUCAUUUAUUUAUUACAUAUUUUUUUUUGAGUUUUUUUAUUGUCAUUAUUUUCUUAUGAUCGCCUCGAAAUUUUGUUUAUAGCACUUAAGCUCGUCAAUAGCUACUAAACAAUGAUAAAGUAUGUAGUUUAAAGACUAAAAAAAUGCGGCUUAAACAGCAAACCGAAUUAACAAAUUAAAACCACAUUUUUUUACCCUGUUGGCACCGGUCAAGAUAUUAAAGUAAAGUUAUAAUAAAAUAAUAUAAUAAAAUAUAAAUAAUAAAAUUAUUGUUUUGUCAUCGGUCCUUGACGCGUGUGUAAACUUUUCAAGUAAAUCGCACGUCUUGGGGCCGACGAAAAAAAGUGGAUUCAAGUACUACUCCUUAGAUAAGCCGAAAAUAAAUAUGUAUUAAUUUAAAAGACUAAGUAUAAUUCUAUAGUGUCAUAUUACGUGUGACGCGAAUGGUCGUACUAGCAGGGCGUUAGGUAAUAUCGACGAAUCUGUAUAAAGAUGAGUCUUGAUGAAGCACAACCGACGUUAUGCUUCUGAAGUCCGAGGCUGUUGUUUAUUAAAGUACUUAAUUAUUAUUUCGGAAAGCAUCGAUUAUUAGAGGCGGCUCGAUAUAUGGUACAGGGUGUGGGCGCAGCGGUGUUAGGAGGUGCUAGCCUUGGCAUUCUGAAUGAACCUGUUACAUUUGUACUUAUUCCGUUUUGAUCGCGCGCUUACUAGAGGGCGCUAGGGUAUUUAUUUAUUUGGAAUACCAAAAGUGCAAAACAAACAAAUUAUAUUUAAAAAAAAUAGCUAAAACAAAAACUAAACAAGUUUAAACCAUCAAAAUCACAAAGUAGAAAGUGAACAAAGGAAAAAUAGAAAAUUAUAAAUUUAAGUUAGUAUGUGGAUACAUUUGUAUUCUCCUCCUUGCGUCGAUAAUCUUCAAUGCUGAGGGUUGUGGCCUCAUGAGGUUUUCUUGGGAAAAUACACAUGGGUCCCGCAUCCUUCCACGGCAGUGCUUUUGGAAGAGAUUUAGUGCUUGGAGGCCGCUGAAGCCUUAUUUGGGUCCGAUUAAUUAUGCGCCGCCAGACAUUCGGCGUUGACUGGUUUAUGUUGGAAAGGUCGAACUCCAACUCAAACCUCUUUUCUCAUCCUGGCUUAAGACCGGCAUUGGCAGAGUUAACAUAACGAUGAGAAUACAUAUGCAUAUAUACGUUAAAACGUAAUUAUACACAUGGGAUCUAACUCACUUUCCUACCUGCCCAGAUAUAUUAAUAUUUAAUACAAUAUAUAGCAGCUCGUUCAUAUUAUAAACUAAUACGUAUUGAAAAUAAGGAUCCUUAUUAUACAUAUUUUUUUAAAUAAUUAUCUAUUAUUAUAGUAUUUCAAAAGUUUAAUGGUUAAUUCAAUGAACAAUUAAUUGUUUUUUGACUAAACGGAUAAUUUAUCUUUGUGUGUAGGGUAAGGUUAUGGCAGAAUAAUUGGGCUCUUGACUACUAGGCCAGGACGAAUUCGUUUGUUUUUUGUCUGGCCGUAAUAGAUAUUAUAGAUAUAUAUUAUUAUGUGCAUACUUAAAGGUACUUAAUAUAAAAUUACAUUUCGUCACAGAAUGCGACGUGUAACAGUAUUUGCAAAUGUAUUCAAAGCCUAUCCAAUACAAAUAAAAGUAUCAAGGUGCUGCAAUAUUUUUCUAAAAUUUUUAAAGAAAUUUUCAAAUAAUGUAUCAUUACAUGGUAAAAAUAAUGUAUGCCUUAUCAAAUACAAUUUUCGUAUUUAUAACUUAGGUUGAGAAUUUCAAGGAAACCACAUUUAAUAAAACGUGUGUUCAUAGCACAUAGUAAUAUAUUCGUAGCUAGAAAUCCAUAGAUCACGACAACAUCAUAUUUAUAUUUUUUUGGUCCGAACUGAAUUUCAGGGUCGUUCACAUUUAAUCCAUUUAUUUUCGUGUUAAUUUUAAUCAACAGUAGACAGACCCGUACGCUGUCCAAAGAUGACCCUAGUGCGACGUAGGUCCUGUCUUCAUCACGAUCAUGAGCUUUUAAAUUUAUGGCGUUUCAGUGUCUGUAAAUCGUUUUGUAGUAUUUUUAUGUUAAAACCAUUGAAUUUUGGUACUAACCUACAUAAAAUCAAACAUACUUUUGUCAAGAGACUCUAUUAAAUUGUAAUAUUCUUUUGAAACCAUCUUUGUUCUAUUAAUAAAACGUUUUGUUUAUAUUUAAAAUUGUAGAGUUUAAAAGAUAUUUUUUAGUAUUAAGUUAAUUUAUAUUACACAGAUGAAAUAGUUAAUAUUUAUUAUAGAUUGUUAUUGAUAUAAUUAAAUAAUUGACUGAUUAUACCUUGAUACCUCACGUAUAUAUUAAUUAGAGACAAUUUUGUGCAAUUUUAUAUAUUUUUAUUAAUCAAUCAAAUGCUUAAUCUAUAAUGUAAGUGGACUGUUUUAAUUUUAUCACUAAAUAAAAAAGAUAUUUUGGAAAAGUUAAA